UAUUGUUGAUUCUUUUAUAGGAGCUACGAGUGGUGCAAUGGACGCUGGGAACCUCUUGAAACCAAUGCUUGGGCGAGGUGAGCUCCGCUGUAUUGGGGCAACUACGUUAAAUGAAUAUAGGAAAUACAUUGAGAAGGAUCCUGCACUUGAGCGUCGAUUCCAACAAGUGUUUUGUGGUCAGCCAUCUGUUGAAGACACUAUAUCUAUUCUUCGUGGACUGCGUGAGCGCUAUGAGUUACAUCAUGGUGUUAAAAUUUCAGACAGUGCUCUUGUGUCAGCAGCAGUUCUUGCAGACCGGUACAUCACAGAACGCUUUUUGCCUGAUAAAGCCAUUGAUCUUGUUGAUGAAGCUGCUGCAAAGCUGAAAAUGGAGAUCACUUCUAAACCAACUGAAUUGGAUGAAAUAGACAGAGCUGUCAUGAAGUUGGAGAUGGAGAAGCUCUCUCUUAAAAUGACACCGAUAAAGCAUCAAAAGAAAGGUUAAACAGCUAGAAAUGAUCUGAGCUUGCUUAAAGAGAAGCAGCGAAA